AUGGCAAGCAGAACACCAAUACAAACCUUUUACGCCGGAGAGGCGAUAUUCAUUACAGGAGGGACUGGUUUUGUUGGAAAACUUUUAACUGAAAAACUGUUACGAAGUUGCCCCGAUAUUUCAAGAAUAUAUCUGCUGAUACGUUUGAAAAAAGACAAAUGUCCCAAAAGCCGACUGGACGAGAUGUUUGAGAAACCUGUUUUUGACCGAGUAAAAGAAGAGGUACCCAAUUUCCGCAAAAAAAUCGUACCGGUCAUAGGCGAUCUCGAGACAGAAGACUUCGGAUUGUCAGAAAAUGACGAGAACAUGCUGAUAAAUCAGGUAUCCAUAAUUUUUCACAUAGCAGCAAAUGUGAGAUUUAAUGAAAAUAUUAAAACUUCUACGAUGAUAAAUGUUAAUGCCACCGCCACCAUCUUAAAACUUGCAAAGCGCAUGCCAAAUUUAAAGUCACUUAUUCACACAUCAACAAUAUAUGCAAACUGCCAUGUAAAACAUAUUAAAGAGCGAUUCUACUCGUAUCCAAUCAACUACAAAGACCUUAUCAUAUUCACACGGAACUUAAAUGAAAACAUAAUGGAGGAAAAAAUAUCUAGAAUCAUGUCACAAUGGCCGAAUACAUAUACAUUCACGAAAGCAAUUGCGGAAGGACUUCUCAGAGACGAAAUGGGAGAUUUGCCAGUAGGAAUAUUUCGACCUGCAAUAGUUUUAUCUAGCGCCAAUGAACCACUUGUUGGAUGGAUAGACAAUAUGUAUGGCCCAUUGGGGAUCACAGUAACUUCGCUACUUGGUAUCACAAGAUUUCAUCGUUAUAAUCCCGAUAUCAAGGCAAAUAUAGUGCCUGCCGACUUCACCGUUAAUGGUUUAAUCGCUAGUGCGUGGGACGUUGGUAAUAAUCAAUUCAGGAGAGGCAAGGAUACAUUUAUUUACAAUUUCGUGUCACCAGACGAUAGACCUACAUGGAAUAAAUACCGUUAUACACUUCUUGAAGCAAACAAGAUGUACCCUUUACGCAAUGCCGUAUAUUUCCCCUUAAUGAUUUACUUUAAACGAAAAAUACCUUAUAGAAUUUGCGUUUGGCUGGGUCAUUUCCUUCCGGCCUUAUUUAUAGAUGCUAUAAACAUCUGCGUAAAUCGCAGCCCAAGAAUGUGGAAGUUAUAUAAGAAGUUAGACAUAUUUUCCGACGCGACCCAACCGUUUUGCAAUAAUGAAUGGAAAUUUUCGACUGACAAUGUUCAAGCGAUGUGGAAUCGUUUGAGUGAGGAAGAUCAGCAAUUAUUUAAAUUUAGCAUGAUUGAAUUUGACUGGACAAAAUAUUUAAUUGAUCUUUAUAUGGGCAUACGUCUUUAUUUAUUAAAUGAAAAUGAUAGUACUUUAGAAAUGAGCCGCAUCAAGUAUAAGAGGUAA